GUGUUGGGGGGGGGGGCCCUUCCAAGAGUUGCUUUCUUCUUGUGGUUUAUUGCUACUUGUUGCAGCGAAGCACGAUUGGUUCUCUUUACUUUACCUUUUUAUUUUUAUUGGUUUUUAUUUGUUGAUUCCAGCUUUCUACUUAGAGGUUGCUCUUAGCUUUGUUUUAAAUCUUUUUUUUUUAACUUGGAACUUGGAAGACAUGUCGACCUGCAUCGAUGUUGCGCCUGAGCAACUCUGCUACAUCCCUUGCAACUUUUGCAACGUAGUCCUUGCGGUGAGCGUUCCAUGCAGCAGCCUGUUUGAUAUUGUGACCGUCCGAUGCGGGCACUGCACCAAUCUAUGGUCCGUAAACAUGGCAGCGGCAUUUCAGUCACUUUCCUGGCAAGAGGUUCAGGCACCCAAUUAUGCAAGACAGGAUUGUAGGACAACUCAUUUGGGUUCGUCAUCCAAAAGCAACAGGUCUCCGAUGCAAUCUCCUGCUAAAAAUGUCGUCUCUGAAGAAAGGAUCGUCAACCAACCUACCGGGAAGAGGCAGCGAGUACCUUCUGCAUACAACCAGUUCAUAAAAGAGGAGAUCCAAAGGAUCAAGGCCAACAAUCCUGAAAUAAGUCACAGGGAAGCAUUCAGCACUGCUGCCAAGAAUUGGGCGCACUUCCCUCACAUCCAUUUUGGACUGAUGCUGGAAACCAACAAUCAAAACUAAGGUGGAUGAUGUAAGCCUCUGACAAGCAUCACAUGUCAAGGACUGUACUGCUCAAUAAGUGAUUACUGUGUUUUCAUGCUGUGGAUUGAAAUUUGAAGUGAACAAUAGUGUUGAUCCGAUGUGUUUUCUCUUCAGGGACCUGAAUUUAUAUCUUUAGUUUUAUUGUAUGAAGUAAUAUUAUUUACUUACAACUGAUCAGCUUUACUUUGCCUAGCAUUGUGAU